UGACAGAGUAACUGACAUAUCGACUGUGUUUACUGUUUACACAGUUUAUUCUUAUUUAAAUAACAAAAUGCCUACGUAAAAUUAUUCCAAGAAUAUUUGAACUCUUUUUGGCCCCAGUUAUCAAUAUAAUCGAAUAAAAGUUCAAGACUUUAAUUCACUAAUUUAGGUGAAUUAAUAUGAAAAGGAGUCCAAAUUCUCUCGAGGACAUUUGCCUCGAUAUAAUUGCAGAUAAUAUACACUUAUAUGUUUCAUAUAGCCUUAUAUCAGACUUAAGGGAGGAUGAUGAUGCUAUAUGCGGAUGUGUUUUUAAAGAUCCAAAUAUAUUUCUAAUUCAACCAAUUUCUGAAAAGUUAAUGAACAGAUUGCUUGAAAAAAAAAUUCUCUCCAACUCCACCCUAUACCUAUUUACAGGACGCAAUACUACAUUAAGAACUGUAAAAAUAAAAGAUAUUAGGGUGAACAAAGGUGGAAUGAUGUUUUUGAAAAGUCAUAAGAUUACAGACUUAGAAUGUACCAGUAUGAAGACUAUUAGCAUAGUUGAUAUUAUAGAUUGUUUGAGUAGCUGGUCUAUUCAAAACUUGAGUAGUGCAAACUUUGCUAAAUGUCACUUUAUGGAUUCUUCAAAUUUUUGCUAUAUGGUAAAAAUUUUGUCGUUCAAUAAACUAAGAAGCUUGGGUCUGGCCUAUACAGAAUUAAAUCAAUUUUGUUUCAACAUGAUUUGUACCGAUCUCAAAUUUCUAGAAAGAUUGGAUGUGUCUGGGACAUAUAUAACCUCUUUAGAGCCCUUAAAAAAUCUUCAACAUCAACUUAAAAGUUUAGUAUUAGCUGAUCUACCUAAUGUUAAUAAUUUAGCUUCAGUUCUUAGUGAAAUGUACAAAUUACAAUAUCUAGAUGUUAGUAUAGUGGAUGAAAAAGUAGAUGAUAUUGAUUUAGGACAGUCUCAGGUUGCUCAACUUCUCCAGUUCAAGGAUAAUAUGCCUAGUUUGAUCUCACUAGACAUAUCAGGGUGGAAAGAACACAUCCCUAAAGAUGUUCUAUAUAAUUUCAUAAUGACUCAUCCUAAAUUAGAGUUCUUAGGUAUUGUGUUCAGUGAAUUGAUGUUUGAACCAGCUUUCAGUGAACAACAGUAUUUCCAAUAUCCACACCAUUUGGUUAUUAGUGGUUUAGGAAAUAAAGAUCAGAUUGCAGUGGCUCUACAGAGAUAUAAAGAUAGAGCAACCUAUAUCCAGAAGGCAUUAUAUCAUCUUUUCCAGAUUACAAACAGGGCUUCACCAGAACCAUUUCCAGAAAUGUUUGAAUUAGUUCUUCCCGUGAUGGAAAAUCAUCCUCUAGUGUUUGGAGUUCAGAUGGCAGCUACAGCCUGUCUCUACAAUCUCACCAAGGGUGAACUUUCAAAAAACAUUCACCCUAAUCAACUCAGUAAGGGUAUAAAUCUUACUCUGAAUGCAAUGAGUAAUUUCCCAAAAGAGUUUCAACUGCAGAAAAAUUCUUUGCUAACAUUAUACAAUGACAGAGUUUUGUUGGAAGUCAGUUUCAACAGAUCCAAGUGUGCUGUUUUAGUCUUGGAUGCAUUAUGCAAAUUUUCAGAUGACAACGUCUGCCGAAUGGCUGCAGCAAUAUGCAGCAUUUUAGCAUCGAAAAUUUCAUCAAGAGAAACUUCUCAACUAGGAUCUAAGAUCAAAUAUAUGAGCAAGUUAUUGGAAAUGGUGGCCAAUAGAGUGAAGAAUGAAUUAUCAGACAUUACCUUGAAGUUUACUCUUAGCGCUCUCUGGAAUCUGACAGAUGAUAGUCCAGAUUGGUGUACAGUAUUCGUAGUUAAGGAUGGCGCUGUCCUUUUUCUUAAAGUUCUUCAGAAGUUCAAAAAUGACAGUACUAUUGAGCCUAAAGUGUUGGGGCUCUUGAAUAAUAUAGCGGAAGUUACACAUCUCCGACAAAGUUUAAUGCUGAAUGAGUUGAUCAACGAAUUAUAUGGUUUAUUGAGAUCAGAUAAUAUAGAUGUUAGCUAUUUUGCUGCUGGGAUCGUUGCUAAUCUCGCUUCAGAUGGAGAUGAAAAUUGGAUAGCUACUAGUCAUACUAGGGAGGAAAUGUUAAGAGAAAUUGAAGAUGCUAUUAUGCAGUGGCAGGUCCCUCAAAGUGAGAUGGUCGCUUAUAGGAGUUUUAAACCCUUUAUACCAUUAUUAAAUAUAGACAUGGACUAUAGAGUACAACUUUGGGCCCUGUGGGCGAUUCAUCAUGUUUGUACAAAGAUUCCAAAACGUUACUGCACUAUGCUUAAAGAGGAAGGUGGAGAUAAAUUAUUGCAUGUGUUGAUGAAUAAGCCAGAAUCUCCAAAACAAAUUAGGACAUUUUCUUAUCUAAUAGUGGGAAUAUUAGAAGAAAACUCUAUUUAAAAUUCAAUUUCUUCGAUGAAAUACAGGUUGAAAAUGGAAUUAUGGCUUUGGUAAAUAGAAUUGAAAUAAUUUUUCACAAUUAACAAUGAGCAUGUUAUAUUGCUGGAUAAUGCAGGUUACAAACUAGAUUGUUUUGAAAGAUUUUGAAAUUAUUUAAAUAUAUUUACCCAUGCUAUUAAUGAACUAAGGAAGUUCGUAUUCAAUAACAAGCAGGUCUGUUGUGGAAUUGUCGGUAAUGAGGCAGGACAGUGUCUAAUCUUGUGUAAGUUGCGUGUAUUUCUCUUCGUUUUGAUAACAAUUGAAUAAAAUUUAUGUGAAACAGCAAAUGCAGGAAGAAUUUUUGAACUAAUGAUUAAAGGAGUGAAUUUCUCCCUUAUUUAUAUUAAUUUAAAAUUUUUAUUGUAAAACUAAUUAUUCUAUAGAUAUUUUAUGCUGUUUUCACAUUUGGUGAUAUCGAUAUUUGUGGUAUUUACAAUUAUUUCAUAAAAUGACAUAUUUAUUGUUUAACUUAUUCUAUUUUCUGAAAAAUUUCUUGAAAAGUUUUCAAUUCGAUUGUUAAAAGAAUUUGCUGUUCCGUUAUUUGUUUAUUUGAAUGAAUAACUCAACAUUCAGUCAUAUUGUUUAUGAAUAUGUAAUAUAUGAAUUUUAUUAAGAAUUAUAAAGAAAUAGAAAGA